GGGUAGUACAGCUGGGAUUCAAACCUGCAACCGUUGGGUCCAAAGGAAGGCAGCAGCUCUAAACGCUGUGUGUACAGUCCAAUAUGAUUAUGAAGAAUGUCAGUGGAGUUGUGUCUUUGAAUGUCAUCACAUGCUCAGGACACGUUUCCCCAAUGUUUUGAUGACUGCUUUCGAGAUGCGAUCGUUGGAAGUGUUGGAAUACCCCCUAAUCUCAGUGCCCCAGCGCCUCUCACUCAGGGAUGUUUGUUUGUGGAGCCACCUUCUCCUCUCUGUCCAGAGCAUGGUCAGCCUGGGGAAGCUCCGUGUGGCUGUGGUGGGGGCUGGAGCUGCGGGGCUGUGUGCCGCACGGCACCUCCUCGCUCGACAGGACACCUUCGCCCCACCGGUGGUGUAUGAGCUCAGCAAGCGCAUUGGGGGCACCUGGGUCUACGAGGAGCGGGUGGGCGUCCGCAACGAUGGGCUCCCAAUUCUCAGCAGCAUGUACCGGGACCUCAGGACAAAUAUCCCCAAAGAAGUGAUGUCGUUCCCCGACUUCCCCUUUGACAAACAUCUUCCGUCGUUCGUUCACCACACAGAGGUACGGAAGUACCUGGAGCAGUAUUGCGACCACUUCCACCUGAGAGAUCACAUACAGUUUGGCACCAUAGUGGACCUGGUGAAACCCAAGAAGGUGAAGGAUGGCUGGCAUGGGCUGGCCUGGGAUGUAACCACCAGCAACGGGCUGGACCCAAGCACCAGUGUCACUGAGGAAUUCGAUGCUGUCAUGAUAUGCAAUGGACAUUUUUUUGACCCCUACAUCCCACCGAUUCCUGGUAUGGAUAAAUUUUCAGGGAUGCUGAUGCACAGCCAUAACUACCGCAGCGCUGAGCCUUUUGCCGGGAAGUCCAUGGUGCUGCUGGGAGCCGGUCUGUCUGGCCUCGACAUCGCCAUGGAGCUGUCUAGCGUCAAUGCAGAGGUAAUCCUCAGCCAUGGCCAGCGCCCCCUGUCCUGCCCCCUGCCUCCUCGGGUCCAGCAGGCACCACCUGUUGCACGCGUCCUUGAGGACGGGGCACUGCAGUUCCAGGAUGGCCGGCAGACCCGACCCGACGUUUUUCUGCUUUGCACUGGUUACAACUUCACCUUCCCCUUCCUGCGCUCGGAGCUGGGCGUGCAUGUCCGUGACCACUUUGUCUUCCCGCUCUACAAGUUUCUGAUGCCCCCUGCCUUCCCCUCCCUCUUCAUUGUGGGCAUCUGCCGGGCAAUCUGCCCCUUCCCUCACUUCCACUGCCAGGCCCAGUUUGUCCUCUCGGUGCUGGACGGGACAUUCCCCCUUCCAUCACGGGGGGAGAUGGAGCAGGAACUGGAGGCGGACGUAGCGGCUCGUCGUGGGCGGGGCAUUGCCACACGCCACAUUCUCAAGCUGGACUCAGAGCAGUGGGCGUACAACGAUGAGCUGGCCCGCCUGGCGGGCUUCCAGCCCUUGCCACCCUACUGGAGCAACCUAUACGAGUCCAACAAGGUGUUUCGUGCCCGAGACAUGCUCAACUACAAGACCUACCAGUACAGUGUUCUGAGUGACACGGAUUGGGUGGUGCACACACAGCAGGGCCAGCCAAUCCAGAAGCCCUUACCACAAAACUAAUAUGAUGAUGAUGAUGAUGAUGAUGAUGAACCUCAAUCUGAGACCCAAAAUACCAAAAAGAUGUAGGAUAUCCUGUCUGGUGUCUCACAAUUAUCUACCAACUUUACAAGUCCUAGUCUACAUACAGCUAGUCUAGGUAUAUAUUUUGAGUAUUAAUAUUUUAAUAUAGAACAUUUUUUUUGAGUUUUGCAUAGUUUGUAAGGAAAGCUCAAUUAAUAUGUGGUUAACACAUGUUAAUAAAAUGUACCUAGUGCUCAGGCUCUGACAGUAUUUUUGCUAUUAAUUUUUCCAUGUUUAUUUUCUAAAGCAUACUGUUUUCCUGGUUUUAUUGUGUGUAUCAUAUGUCUAAUGUUUUGUACAAUGGCAUUAAUUCAUCUUUAAGAAACACAUGUUUAUUUAACACAGCAAAACCUUUUCAUGAGCAAUUGUACCACAUGGUUAUGCCAUUUACCAGUUCUUGAUUUUCUCAGUUUGCUGCUGCUGCCUUUAAUGUUUAUCCUCCUUCUGACUCCAGUGGGAGUAGCAUGUUAAUGAUUUUAUUAAAUUUGCAUAAAUUUUUACUUAACAGGUCCCAAAAGCUUAUAUGUAAAGUGGUUUCUGUCAAAUUAUGUGCCACUAUUUCUGUUAAUGCUUACCAUUGUGAUUUUGUACUGAUGAUCCUACAGUGUGUUUUGCCUUUGUGUUGAAUAUGUAAAUUACAUACAUAAUUUGAGCAAAUUUUAAAAUUUAUUUGAAUCAAGUUUUAGUUUUUACUUUUGCCUCUUUGACCAGGACAGAUGGAUUUAUUCUGAGGCCUGUUGGGCUAUCAGGCCAAGACCUGUUUGCUUCCAUGAUUCCUAGUUUUGCUUCUUGGCCUAUGAAGGAGUAGUUAAAGAAUGUCAUAUUUGUUUAGCCUGGUUGGUAAAUAUAACUGGAGUCUAUGAAGUACAAACUC